UGGCAGCCCGGCCCCUCCUCUCACAUGCUCAGGAACCAGGAACUCUAUUACUCAGCAUCAGCUUUUCCACUUCUUCUGCCUACAGGAAUUCGUCCCACACCAAACUCUCCGCACUCUCCGGAGACGCAUACAAGAUAUUUUCCAUAGAACUUUCAACUUAUGUUGUUCUACUUGACAUUGGGAGAUGUUCUCAAGACAACACAUCAAAAUUCUUUUAGUUGGGAAUGCGGGAGUGGGAAAGUCGGCACUGAUGAACCAGUACGUCAACAGUCGCUUCACCAACUACUACAGAGCCACCAUAGGAGCCGACUUCUUCACCAAAGAGCUACGACUAGAUGAAAAACUGGUGACGGCACAGAUUUGGGAUACAGCGGGCACAGAGCGCUUUCAGUCACUGGGUGCAGCACUCUACAGGGGCACAGACUGUUGUUUGCUGGUCUUUGACGUGACGUCCCCUAUUUCCUUCCACGCUCUUGACACCUGGCAUAGAGAAUUCCUGGUACAAGCCGAUCCCUCAUCGCCAGACAAAUUUCCCUUUCUGGUGGUUGCCAACAAGACAGAUCUGGAGGAACGUCAGGUUUCUCCUCGGCAGGCACAGGAGUGGUGCAAGUCAUGUAAUGCAGAAUACUUUGAAACCAGUGCAAAGGAAGCAGUGAAUGUAGAGGAAGCAUUUGUGCAAGCCGUCAGACUAGCCCUUAAGCAUCACGAAGUACCUGGCAAUAAGGCUAAUGAAGAAUCCGUGAAUUUGUUAGAAAAGUCAGAAACUCUACACCAUAAAAAAUGUAACUGUUAAUUCUAGAAGCGCCCUUCUUACCUCAAACAUGAAGGUGCUUUUUCCAUUUAUCAAAAACUACGACAAAGUCUGAGAUCUUGGAGAACCUAACUUACAUGGAAUUCAAAGAAAACCAGAACCUUGAUAAAUAUGUGUAAAAUAUAUAUAUAUAUAUAUUUCUGUUUUGCAUGGACAAUACAGACCCUAUCCUUUAGCCUAGGUUCACACUGCUGCGAAUUCAAAAUCGGUAAAA